GUCAAGAAUCAUAAGUCAGGCCAGUUCAGUGAAGACAUGAUUCCUACAGUGGGCUUCAACAUGCGGAAAGUUACCAAGGGUAAUGUCACAAUAAAGAUUUGGGAUAUAGGAGGACAGCCACGAUUCCGAAGUAUGUGGGAACGCUACUGCAGAGGAGUUAAUGCUAUUGUCUAUAUGGUAGAUGCUGCAGAUCGUGAAAAAAUAGAAGCUUCUAGAAAUGAGUUGCACAAUCUUCUAGAUAAACCACAGCUACAAGGAAUUCCUGUUCUAGUACUUGGAAACAAAAGAGACCUUGCUAAUGCACUGGAUGAGAAGCAGCUUAUUGAAAAAAUGAACCUGGCUGCUAUUCAAGACAGAGAAAUCUGCUGCUACUCCAUUUCCUGCAAAGAAAAGGACAAUAUAGAUAUCACACUUCAGUGGCUUAUUUAGCACUCAAAGUCUCGAAGAAGCUGAAAACAUUCAUAUAGCUGCUCAUUUGGCCAUAUUCUCAAUUGUCUACUCCCUCCAUGAUGAAUUAUUAUCCAGGAUAGUCCUCCUGUGUCCAAGGAAUUGCCUUUUUUCACAGUUCAUGCCUCCAUAUAUGCACUGCUGAAUGACUUAUAAUCCUACUUCUGUCGAAGAGUUGGCUAGAGUUGUCAUAAGUCGUGCAAAUGUUUUUUAUUCAUUUCAUCUAGACAGUGGCAGUGGGUACUAUCUCCAGAAUUUUUUUUUGUCUCUGGUCUUCCUGAUCCAGAUUUUUAUAUUAGAUUUUCCGCACAAUUAUUUCAUUCUUGUAUGUAGCCGCUCAUUGGAAAUGCUGACACAUGGCAGCACAGGGAUUAUGUCAACUCUUAUUCUAAAGCUUUUCUGACACUGUUUAAAUGGGAUACUGUACUAUUUUUUCCUCUCAGAUGCAUGUGAUCUUUAUUGUAAAAAGGUUUCAAUGGAAAGUACGAGGCACUAGAAUUAAAUCACUAAAUUAUCAUAAAUUCUCAAAUUGUAUUCCUCCCUAUGAAUAAAAAUUUCAGGUUGUCAGGUUUUUUUUGGUAUUGUGCAGGGAAUCUCCUAAUGUCUUUAUAUUUGCUAAAGCUCUUUUAAGAGGAACAAGGAAUAAAAUACUUCAAAAUCAGCCUCUCAAAAAUUGAACAUAUAAACAGGUAUUAUGUAAUGUUGAAUUAGAUGGAACAGUCACAUCUUCCUUCUAGAAAUGCUUUACACAGGCUAUAGCUGUAUGACAUUCUGGAUGUCAUAUUGAUUUCCAGCACAAAAAUAUGUGCCACUGUCUACCUUAUUCUUCUAUUAAUGGAGUAGUUGUGCACAGUUGCACUUGGUGCUAAAUACCUAGGCUAUUGUGACAACACUAGGUUUGCCUGCUUCUCACUGUGUAAUCAUGUAUAAAGUUCAAACGCUAUGAAACAUUAAGUUGUGUCUUGAAGCACAAGGACAUUUAUGAAGUUAUUGUCCUUCUCAGCUUCUGCAGUAUAGAGGUUAUUUGAAAUGGAAAAAUUAACACUACUUUCAUAUCUUUAC